UGAAGCAGGUGACCUGUCAGCGGAUGGAAACACGUGAUUCCAGGUGGCAGCACGCAGCAGGGCGCUCGAGGGAGACAGCCAAUAAAAUCGCGGAAGCCAGCCGCGGGAAAAGAUCAUAUGAGAAGAAAACAAGCCGUGGUCGGAGCGAGGGUGUAGCUCCGCCUAUUGAUCAAAGACCAUCCUCCUCCCUUUUGUCUUUUCUUCACUUUGUUAACCUCACUAAAUGCCUCGUGGAUUUCGGGCCAAAGCUCCUGGCAUGCCUUCAUUAGUGUCCGUGGGAUCACUGCGCAUCGGCGCGCUCUUAAUCCCAACGAGACUCUGUCCUGCUUUUCUUCUUUCCUCCUGAUCUGUUUCAUGGAGUGGAAGUGGAGAUCUGUGGCAGCGGCGAGAUUUGCAACCUCUCCCCCAUUGCAGGCUGCUAUUAUCGUUCCUAUGCCUCAGCUGAUCAUGGCGUGUGUAGCUUGUGCCAUAGGCAGACAGAAUUGUCAAGGCUGGAAAAAUGCAGGUCUGGAGCCAUAUGUGCGCACCAUUAUAAAGCUACCACAGGAUGAGCAGCUAUCCUGUCAAGACCCUCGCUGACCCAACGCUCCAAAACAAGAUGCCCUUAUUUGACGGACUUUCCAAAGCAGAAUCCGUGCCCGGCCUCCUAAGUAAGCAGUACGGCGGGGCCUAUCUUGCUUAUGAUCCUCGAGGAAAAGACUCCACAGGAUUUACUCCUCCCUGGAGACCAACAAAGACUUCUCCACUGGAUGACAGGAGUCCCGUGAGUCACCUCUCCGGCAUGGAGGCGAGAAACCACUUGAUAUACAGACAAGACAGCACUUCUCUAGAGGAAGUCCGAGCUCAGCCUUCUUCUGUGAGUCACACCCCAAUGAGAAAAGGUUUUAUGUUGUAUACUAAAAGCCCGGAGAUCAGCGCUCCCACAGUCGCAACUGUUAGAAAGCAGAAAAGUGAACAUUCCCCACCUCAAACACACCUUUACCUGGCAAUUCCUAAGCCUGUGUACGGACACAACCCCUGCUGCAGCGACCUGGGCUGUGUGAUGGGACAAAGGUACAUGGAGCACCUACCACCAAAGAUGCCAAACUCUGUGUAUGAGCCCGACUGGAUGCAAACCUCUGCUCACUACGCCGAAAAGACCCACAUUCAGAGAAAAGAAGUGCUGCAACAGAGGAGCUUACAGUUUGACAGCAGCACAGAGCCAAAGCGGAUACCGGUGCAGGCGUACAGCCCAAGCGGGCCCAGGACGUUUCCUUCUGUCAGUGAGCCUACCUACAGCAGUUACCCCUGUACCCCACCUCGCACACUGUUUACUUCUUUAAACGAGCACAGCCAGCCGUUACACACCAUCCCAGGAGGCUACCCCAGCCUGUACGCCCCCCAUCCCACAUACGAGCAUAUGACCUCAGACAUUUAUCAGGAACGCUCUCCCGUACCCAAAUAUGGUCAGUUAGCACAGCGCCCAGUGUUUUACUACGCUCAGGCAAACAGGGAGUUAGAAAACAGGACACUGUGUAAAGAUGGUGGCAAUAAGCAGAGGGAUGCCCCCCUCCCUCAAAAACACUCAAUCCCUAGCCCUCUGCCUCAUUACAUAGUGCCUCAAUCUUUUCAUGCUGAAAUUCCUUUUUCUUGCACUGAAAUUCUGCCUAACCAUUCCUUCAUACGGGGGUACGACUACCCAUAUUUUGCAGUUCCACGGUUUCACUUGAACUCGAGCCAAAUGAGAACCCCCUUAGAAAGGUCAUCGCCUACCCUGCUUUCGAGUCGCAUCAACAUUUCCCCACCCAAAGACAAACCUGCCACCACCCUGCACAUUGACAGCUCUGCGCCGCUUGUGCAUUCGGACCAUGGCAGACCACCCAGCCGUGGAAGCCAACCCGCCAUCUCGCCGUCCAGACAGCCUGGCAGGUUUUUUCACCCACUCGCCGGUCUGCACCGAGAUGCGCCCACUCUUUCGCCGGCUGCUGCGAGCAUGGACAGACACCCAGAAUCUUCUUCCUGUCGGGCUCAAGUGAUGAAACAGCCGCGAAACCUUGCUGUCUCCCCGGCAGGGUGGAUGCUCCAGUCGCCCACCUCUGAUGAAACGUACGCAGCUGCGGCUUCGGGCGCAAAUGGUCAAAAAGUCAUCCGUUCGCCCACAGUUACGGCAGGAAGUAAUCGGUCUGAUGCGGAAAAUCUCAUUGGCAAGCGAGGCCUGAAGAGAAGCAUCUCGCACUCCUCUCCACCUGUCAAAAUAAAAGAGGAGGACAGAGAUUUAUAUGAAGUGGAAUGCAGCCAGAAACAACAAAAAGUGGAAAAGGAGACUGGGAGCAAAACGGAUUCCCCUCCUAUGCCAGUUAUUGACAAUGUCUUCAGCUUGGCACCUUACCAACUUCAUCUGCAGGCGUCAGGGGUGUUAUUUCCAGGAAGAGUACCUAAGAGAGCCACCCAGACGCCUGAGAAACACAAAGACCAAACCAAGCAUGACGGCAAAGAAAAGAUGCUGGAAGGAGAUGAUGCUGUCUUAACUUCAGAUACUCCAGAUGCUGCAGCUUUUAAAGUCGAAAAAGGAGACCAGUCCGAUUCAGACGCAUCUGUGGAGAUCUGUAACGACUACAACAAGCAGACGAUCAAAAAGGAGCGCGUGGAGGCGGCUUUAUCUGAAAAUGGGUCUGUGAAAGAAAAAGCUGAAUUUAAAACAAAGUGCUCAACUCCAGGUGAAAAUGAGAGUUUAGCCGAACUUAAACCUGCCGAACCAAUUUCACCGGUAGACCCGUCUUCUGACGCAAAUGUGGGCAAACAUUUAGUGACCGUUCAACCCAAAUCUAGCCAAUCCCCUCAGAGCACUGAGAGUAAAGUCGAUUUCAGAAACAUCCCACCUCAUUUUCUAAAACUUUCUACCUACAACAUCAUUAUUCCUGGUGGCAAGCACCGCAGCACAGAGCUGGAGAAGCUGUCUCCACAGCCGGUGACCGUUCUCUCCCCAAAACCAGACCUGGAGAUGCCAGUUCGAAAGCACUUCUUUGAGCUGCACCACUCUCUAUGCAAGCUAAUAUCCAAAUCUGUGUCUGCCUCUUUAGAGGAGAACCUCAAAAAAUGGCUGUUUCAGAUGAAAGUCGCUGAAGCUGCAUGUCGGACCGAUAAAGUCAAGGUGUCCUCGCUGCUGGGAGUAAAAGCCAGAGAGGCGUGGAUUAACGAGGAGAUCAAGUCAACUCUGGACAGGGUCCUCGACAGGCUGAGGGAGUACACAUCUCAGGAGCGCUGUCCUUUUCCGCACGUCAUGCGGACGGGAGCGGUGUUCCUCCCCAUGCUGGUGAUGAAGGAGCUGCUCUUCCCUAUGGUCCAGGGCAGCUUCAUUGACCAGGUCCUGCAGGAGCACAAGGUGGAGCUGCGGCCCACCACGCUCUCGGAGGAGAAGAUCCUAAUCCAGCUCCACAAGCGAGCCUGUUCCUCCAAGCUCAGGAGGCUGAUGUCCCUCAAGCACCUGCCCGACGUCUACACAGAUGUGGUCAACCUGCUGUAUUACACCGACGUCUGCAAAUAUCUGGAAUCACCUUCACCUGAUGCCCAAAAGACAGUCCAGGAUUGACUCUUGAUCAGAGAGAAGAACAUGAAGGUCUCAAAGCAUCCAUCAGAAGGAUCUCUGACGUCACUGCGUCACCAAUUUCCCCGCCAGAGCCACAAGUCGGGGACCAAGGAUCAAAAUCGCCCAUCGGAAGGAGUAGAACAAAAGCCAGAGUUAAGAGCCAUUCAAGAAAUUUCUUUCUGGACAGCGAGAUGUCCAAUGAGGAAGAAGAUGGUACGAAGACAGCUGAUGAAGGUGUUCUAAAUACACCCACAAAGAAAGAAUGUGGGAGUGGCCUCGCCGUUAAAGAGCAAGACUCUACAAUCCUUUCACCCAAUACAGCAUGUGAAAAUUCAUGGAUGUGUCCCUUAACGCCGGACAACAGGUCUUCCUCCCCUGAUGAAGCAAAGAUGGAGAAAGCGUUGUGCCCGCCAGCGACCUCAAAACUCCAGAUUGAAUCCAAGAAGUGUUCUGGCAUGAUUCUCAAACUGAGGAAGAUGCUCAGUGCGGGCGGGAGCCAAAAAAAGCCCCGCUACCAAGCAGUGUCAGGGACCAUCUUUGAUUCAUCCCAGGCGGACAGAGAAGAUGCCAGUCUUGACGGGAAACAGCAGAGGACGCCUAAAGCCUUGCACAGGUGGCGGAAAAUGGAGGGUUUCACUCGCGCCUUAAGACCACUAAGCAGCUGUUCUCUGAAAAAGCAACGUUCACUCCUGAAAAUCAAGUACUGCCCCUACUUGUCCACCUGCCACAGCGCCGAACACAGGAGGCGGUGGGUACUGCGCUCAGCUGUGCAGAGAGCACGUGGCGCCAUGAGGCUCUACUAUCCAGACUUGGUGGGAAAGAAGAUCCACCAUCUGUACGAGGAAGAUGACAAAUCUGAGGUGUGGUACAGAGGAGAGGUGCUGCGGGUCCAUGAAGCUCAUACCAACCCCAUGAAAACCAUAUUUGAGGUUAGGUAUGACAGCGAGCCCGAAUGGAAGUACUACCUGGAGCUGCUGGUGGACUACAAAAAGGGCUGGCUCAAGAUAGAAGACUAGCUUCUGAAGACGCACCCUAUAUGAAAGUUCUGCUCUCCUUACAGUGUGACCUUGAAGAAAGAAUGAAGCUGGACCAGAAGUCGCGAAGUCAUCCCAUCAUUUCAUGCAACGUUCAGGACUUCUGGUGCGUUUUUGAGAUGAAUUCAAAUGCGACGUUUGCGUUAUUAUAUUAAGUGAACGCAUUCCUAAAGAAAAUUACCAAGACAAUUCAAUAAACUGCAGGAGACAGGCGACUUAAGUCCAUCUUUAUAAAAAUGUGACAUUCGUUUUAUAUUUUAAUAGUCAAUACUGUAACUUUUAUGAAACCGUUUUGUAAAGGGAUUGUGUGUUUACAGUCAUCUUUUUGUGCACGUCACUUUUUUUUAACCCCUAUAAUGGCUGUGUUCAAGCUGCUCAAAGGUUUGAAAUUGAGUUUUUACCCCAAAAACUAAACCUUUUUUUUUAUAAAAAUAUAUUAAAAUGUGUUUGUC